CCUUCAUAAAAAUGUCAACUGCGGAGGCCACCUCCCCGGGUCGCGUGGGAGAAAACCGUGAAAAGCUCCAAGAAAAAUGUGUCGGAAUCGUCUCCCCCGUGUGUCUUGCUAGGCUUUGCUGCUGCUGUGCAGUGAUCAUUGUCCUCACUGGAGUUGUGAUUGCACUUUCUGUUUUUUUUUCAGUGAGAGAAAAAAACCCGGCCAUUGUGAGCCCUGAAGCUGGGAAUGAUACCUGCCCAAGAGACUGGAUUGCAUUUGGAAGUAAAUGUUUUUAUUUGUCUGAAAACACAAGUAACUGGACAUCCAGCCAGACCUUCUGCAUGGAUCAGGGUGCCCAUCUAACUCACUUUGACAGUCUGGAGAAGCUGGAUUUCCUGAAUAGAUACAACGGAGAUUCUGCCGCCUGGAUCGGCCUGCACAGAGAGUCAUCAGAGCAACCUUGGAAGUGGACAGACAACACUGAAUAUAACAACUUGGUUCCCAUCCGAGGAGAAGGAAACCAUGCCUACCUGAGUGACAGAGGGAUCAGCAGUGGUAGGGACAACAUAAGUAGGAGGUGGAUUUGUAGCAAGCCCAAAGCUAUACUUUAGUAGAUUCACAGCUUGUGUAGUGUGUCAAAGUCAUCAUGAGAGAUCUGUAACAUGUCAUCUACAGUUACAACAUUAUUUUUUAUCUUAAAUAAAUAUCACAAGCAAUUC